UUCUUGAUUACCGAUUAAUUAUUCAUUUUAACAUUUAAGUGCUUAUUGAUUGCAGAUUAUUCAAUAGAUCAAAACUUUAAAAUACAAACUCAAUAUAAAAUACAAACUCAAACGGUAUUAGAAUGUUUUACUCUGAACUGCGCAUUCGCACUGUUCAGUGUACAAAUAAACCGUAGAUUUCUACAGUACAAUGUUGCUAUUCCAAAUCAUCUCAUGUCCAUGGUUUUUGAUAAGUUUCCUCGUGCCGUGUUAUGGCAGCCUGCAACUGGGCUUUUCUAAACUUCAGCGAGGACACAGACUGGACAGGAAACUGAUCCAAUCCUUCCCAGAACUCAGUUUCUUGGACUGUGUGAUAGAAUGUCUAGUAACACCACGAUGUAAAUCUGUCAACUAUUUCAAAGGGGCUAAUUUCUGUGAAAUCAAUUACGAAAAUAAGACGACAGCAGAGACUAGGUACAUGGAGAGUGCUGGAUGGGUGUACAGUGAAAAGGAGCAUUGGCCUAAGGAGCUGGCUGGAGCUUGUUCGAACUCAACGUGUGAAAUCAACCAGACAUGUAAACACAAGAGAUAUUCCGAGGAUACAUUCUUUGAAUGUGUUUUGUCAGAUUGUGGAAUACCCGAUCAAAAUGGAAUAGAUCUGAAUACAACACGACGUGAGGACGCAAUUGGCAUACACAGGAGGAUACACGCCUCGUGUUCUGACGGAUACUCCCAGUCUGGUUCAGGAUGGCUGAUCUGUCAGUCAAACGGGGAGUGGAAAUACGACAUUGUCUGUACAGUUUUGCCGAACAUUGCAUUACGUAAACCUGCCAAACAAUCAUCAACAUAUCUUGAGUAUAACGCCGCGUGUGCAGUGGAUGGCAACAGAGGAACAGACGUUGGUGUAGACAAGUGUACAGCUACAGGUGAUGGCGACACCAAUCCCUGGUGGAGGGUGGAUCUACAGGCUGUGUAUUUCAUCACAUCUGUCAGAAUACUCAACAGAGGAGUAGAUACAUACGGAGCAGAUGUGUCAUACAAGCUGCGGGAUGUUACCGUCACAGUUGGACUGACAGAAUCAGAUGUCAACACUCCCUGUGGUUUCUUUGUUGGUCCCGGUACCGCGUCACAGCUGGUCGUCAUCGAUUCUCUGCUAGGUCUUGCAUUGGGCAAACAUACGAAACAGUCGUCAACAAUGUCGCCCUUUGGGGCUGAAUAUGCAGUGGACGACAACAGAGGUACAGACAUUUACCAAGACAAGUGUACACACACAUGGGAGGGCGACACCAAUCCUUGGUGGAGGGUGGAUCUACUGACUGUUUAUUCCAUCAAAUCUGUCAGAAUACUCAACAGAGGAAUAGACCAUAAUGGAGAUUUGUCAAACCGGCUAAGAGGUGUCACCGUCACUGUAGGGCUGACUGAAUCAGACGUCAACACUCCCUGUGGUUUCUUUCCUGGCCCCGGUACUGCGUCACAGCUGGUCGUCAUCGACUGUCCGACGUCACCAGAGGGGAGAUUCGUAAAGAUCUCCAAGAUAACUGAGUAUCUCACUCUUUGUGAAGUUGACGUGUUCGGCGUAUCCGUAUAA